AUCAACAUUAAGAUAAUUUAGUACUUUAAAAUGGCGCUUCCCAUGCGGUCACAGACGCUGUAAUGGCACGGAUACAAAGACAACUACUAUAUUGCUAUGGCCUGUUCACACGCGUGUAUGCCCUUGUACUACAUAGAAUGAUUUCGCCUCCUCCAGCCUGCCUUCCAUCUUUGAGGACAUGUAUUUCCAUUGUUAGUGUUCACUUGACUAUCUUGUCGAUAUAAUAGACACACUUCGAUUGGCGCCGCGUUCGAAACAACUGGUAACUCGGAAAUCACCGACUUCAGUGUGUUCAAAACAAUUUGGAACUCGGAAAAAAACGAGCUCCUACAGGGAAAAAUCGAUUUGAACGGUCUUCCAACUCGGGAACUCGGGCCUCUAAAUCUAGAUAGCGACCUGAAGAUCACUGACGUCAUGAUUUUACCUCGUAUUUUUUUUCCGAGUUCCCAGUUUGGAACGCAGCAUUAGAUCACAGGCCUGCGUCAUCAUUACGCGUUUUAUGUACACGGAAGUAGCCAGCAGAAAACCAAAAACAGGACGAAUACAGAAGGUAAUUUUUAUUUAUCCACCGCUAACAAACUCCAUCUGGGUGUUGGUGUGUUGAGUUAUGCCCCAGAGAGGAUGGGUCAGGCCCUGUGUAUCUGUUCCCGCGGCUCCAUCACCAUUGACAACAAAAGAUACUACUUCAUCCAGAAACUAGAUGAAGGAGGGUUCAGCUAUGUGGACCUGGUGGAGGGGGUGCAGGACGGGCGUUUCUACGCCCUGAAGAGGAUCCUGUGCCAUGACCGGGAGGGUCGCCAAGAGGCUCAAACAGAGGUGGAGAUGCACCGUCUCUUCAGCCACCCCAACAUCCUGGGCCUGGCAGGGCACACCUUCAUAGAGAGGGGGGGCAAGAGUGAGGCCUGGAUACUGCUGCCCUACGUUCAGAAGGGCAGUCUGUGGUCAGUGCUAGAGAAGCUGAGGGACAAGGGCAGCUUCAUGCCAGAGAGACGCAUCCUGAAGGUCCUACAGGGCAUCUGUUCUGGACUGAAGGCCAUGCAUGACAGAGGCUACGCACACAGAGAUCUGAAGCCUACCAAUGUACUCCUAGAGGAGGAUGACAGGCCGCUGCUGAUGGACCUGGGUUCUAUGAACCGCUCCAGGAUGGAGGUCAAGGGGACCAGGGAGGCCAUGACAGUACAGGACUGGGCAGCUCAGAGGUGUACUAUAUCGUACCGCGCCCCUGAGCUCUUUAACGUGGAGAGCCACUGCGUCAUCGAUGACCGUACAGACAUUUGGUCUCUGGGCUGUGUACUGUACAGCAUGAUGUUCCUGGAGGGGCCCUAUGACAUGGUGUUCCAGAAGGGAGACAGUGUGGCCCUUGCUGUACAGAACCCAGUUACCAUCCCUCAGCCAUGCAGUUACUCUGAAAGCCUACAGAACCUGCUGAGCUCCAUCAUGGUGUCCAACCCCCAGGAAAGACCCGACGUCAACUGGAUCCUGGACCAGAUACAGGACAUGACGUGUUCCAGCCCCAACACACAGACCAAUAUGGUAUGAUGCUCCUGAUCGGGGAACUAUGGCAAGCCUGGCUCCUCUCUGGUUCCCCUCUGGUUCCAACAUCUGUGGGUGAUGAACUUUGAACUUUAUGACCUCUGGACUGUUGUAAUGGCGACCCUGACCUCGUCGUUUUCCUCUAGUCUUAGAAGCUCAGGGGAUCCUACCCCAUACACACACACCCGCUAUUCGGCAGUUGAAACCACAUAGACUUAUGUCACAGGUGUUCACUGUCCUCCAUAUGCAUGUGCAACAAUAUGCUCCUACAUAGUGUCGGUCAGCUCCACAUCCAGCUCCCCUUGGGGAAAUUGAGAUUUGGGUGGAGCCAUUUUAUGACUGCUAGUGAAUAGGAAACCCCAUGGGUUAAACUAUCAUCAGACACUACGGUUGAAGGGGACACCGGACCAGGAAAAGGACCUAUGGUAAAUUCCAGACAGACGGUUUCCAUGGAAAUGUACUCGGCCAUAUCUUAUAUCAGCUUCAAAGGGAUUUUAAUAAUAACUUGAUUCCAGACCUGGGUUCAAUACAUUAGUAUUUAUUAAAUACUUUUUCGGUGUAUUUGAGUAUUUUCAAAUACACAGGCCAAAUGUUAUUUAUUUAUUUGAGUAUUUGAAUGGUUAUUUGUAAAAACCAAAUAGUCGACCAAAUUGUAUUUGAAAGUAUUUUCAAAUACUAUUUUCAAAUACCUGGGUUAAAUGCAUGGGAGUGUAUUUGAGUGUUUUCAAAUAGUUUCCAAGUGUAUUUCCAAAUACAUUCCAAUAUUCAUCUAAUUGUUUUUUCAAAUAAAGGUUAUCUGAAUGUAUUGAAAAGCAAUUGAAAUACCUGAAAUAGUAUUUUGAACCCAGGUCUGAUUGAUUCAUCCGUAUCACAUCUGAACUUCUUUCAAGUCCAUCAUAACUGUAUUUAUUUGUUAUCACAUAAUGCUAUACUGUAGCAGUUCUCUAUUCUCCAUUUGUGACACGUUCAUUUAGGCCUGUAUGUAUUUGGCAAUACCUCACAUGAUUCUGUUUUGAGUGUCAAUAGGAAGAUAAGUUCAUCUGGUUUUAAGUCUCUCAGCAGGUUUUGCUCAGUUAACUCACUACAGUUGCUUGAUAGGAACUUUUUAAUGGUUGCUUUUUUAAAACUGUUAUUUUUGUGUGCGUCUAUUUAAGGAGCAAUGAUUUAUUUGUCCAUGUAAAUGCUAUAUGAAUAUGUUCUAAAUAAGCCAAUGAAGUUGGAAUGCAGGCGUUAAUGAUGAUUUCAAUGGAACAAUGUAGAAUGUACUGGAACUAUAAAUGGUGGUUGUUGGCUAUUUUGGACUGUUUGUAGCCUAAUUCAGCCCGUCCAGGAAUUUGCGAUAUUGUGAUAAAAUAAUAGGGAAUUGCAUAAUACUGUUAAUACAACACUGAAGGCUUUGCUUGUUUCUCAUAAGAUUGAUGUUUUAUAGGCAUUUUUUAAUUUAUUUUUUAUUUACAUUUGUGGUACAUCUUAAUUUGUUCUGUAUAAGAGGCCCUUUUCACAUACUUUUAGAGUUGUCUGAGGGCCUGACUUUCUUGACGUUGUCAUGUGGCUUUUAUUCCACACGGGGGAGCCGUGUCCUACACGUUGGUCAAAGCAGAGGGAGUCGGGGUCUCAAUGUUGUCUUACUUAGUUUGGCCAGACCUGUAGAUCUGAGAGACUCACUCAGUAUGUGAACAUAUGCAAAACCUCUACUCUGAUAAACACCAGGGAAUAAAAUGGUACUGAUUCUGA